GCUCCAGUACUGUACUUUAGCUGAUUUAUAGUACUGUACAUGGUAAUGCUUAACCUUCACUUCCCGCACACUGCAGUGUUGGUGGAUGAAACGCCUGCGCUCUUGCACUUGACCCUAGUGGGCGGGGCAAACAAAUGUAGAGACCAGAAAGCCCCUAAACCUCAAGCGCAACUUUUAGAAGGCGCUUCUUAAAGGUCUCGUCAACAAACAUCGUUGUGUGGUGUUAUUUAUGCAGAUAUGCACAAACCGAGAGAUGCAGAGCAGUCGGUGUGAGGAAGUCUGUCUUUCUCUCUUCUGUUUGGAUGUAUCUGCUGUCACGAAUGCCUCAAUCUGUCGUCUAAACGUCUGGACAUGAACGUCUUUCAAGAGUCCUGCUGCUCCAUCUUAGGAGUUCUCCUGGUUUUCCUUCUUCAAGGGUCAUGUUCUGAUCCAGGGGUUGUGCACAAAGCUGUUGGAGAAUCACUGGAAUUAAUCGCUGAUUAUCCAAAAGAUGGUCUUGAAGUGCAGUGGACAUAUAAUGAGAACGUAUUUGCAGAGUUUGAUAAAUAUAUCAAACCGGUGGGAUCUCAGUCAUUUCUCAAAAGGUUAAAGAUGAAUGAGGACAAUAUUAGUGUAACAGUAGAAGACCUGAAACGCCAGGAUUCUGGAAGCUUCUCUAUGGUUGCAAGAGCAGGCGCUGUUCAACAUAAAACAAAAAUAAUUGAGCUACAUGUUCAUGAGCUCAUCAGAGAUGUCCAGAUUGAGUACAAUGUUUCCAAGCUGCAAUCAGAAAACAUCUGCACGUUUCAUCUUCGGUGUCUGGCGUCCGGUGAUCCCAAUCCCUCCUACAGCUGGAGCGGUCAUCAGAUCCAGACUCAAGGACCUCACCUGAAUAUCAGCCUCCGUCCAGCAGAAAACGCCACACUCACCUGCACAGCCAACAACACCUACAGCGUCAACUACACUACUGAGACUGUAGUCUGCAGAGAGAAAUUGGACUAUUCAAGUGUGUUAUCAGGUUUUCCUCUGAAGUAUUUGCUGAUUGCGGUAGGCGCUGGUAUCGUUGUUGUGGUCAUAUUCGGUGCAACGCUCGCCGUGUGCUGCAGGAGGAGGAGCAAUAAAGGACAAGGAGAAAGUGAAGCUGGCAUUACAGUCUAUGAAGAAGUGAACACUGAUGGCCCUGCGAAGAAACGCUCUGAAAGUGUUGCAAACGGGAUGUCCAUUUAUGAAACGGUAAACGACACAAAACUCUCACAAAACUUGCCUCAAACCCUGUAUGACAAAAUCAACUAUCAGCGUCACCCUGCGGUCAGCACCAGCACCAGCACUUCCUCCCCUUACCAGGAAGUCCUGUGAGUGAGACACAGACAGACGGUUCAUGUUGUAUUGUGCUGUUAUCUCUGGAUUGGGUUAACCAGCCUCCCAUGUAUUGUUGGCUGCAUCGGUUGACUUUUGAACUCUUGCACUCUUGCAUUAAAUGCGCUGUGUAUUAAAUGUAUCAUGUUGAAACACUUUUUUUAUAAACAGGAUAUUUUUUUUUUCUUUUUCCACAAUGCAGCAAUAUUACAUCAUGCACACUAUCAUUAAAAAAGUUUGGGCUCAGUUAAAUUCUCUAAAGUUUUUUAAAUAAGUCUUUUAUUCUCAGCAAGGCUGCAUUUAUUUGAAAAGUAAAAAAUAAUUUAUAAAAAAAAAAAAAAAAAAAAAAAAAAAAAAAAUAUGUUGAAUCCAAACUUUUGAAUGGUAAUGUAUGUAUUUUUCUACACUCUUUUCCAUAUAUGAUAAAUACUCCAAAUGGGUUAGUUUCACUUACUGAUAUGCAUUAAAAUUUAAAGUAAAGCAAUAAUAUUGAGACAAAAGAACCUCCAGAUGUCUGUGUCCAUGGUUCUUUGACAUGACUGUAGUAUUUCAGUAUUGAAGUUUAUAUAUAUAUAUAUAUAUAUAUUUCUUAAUAAGAUCAUACAUAGUUCCGUCACAGUUGUCUAGUGAAUCUGUAACAUAACAAGAAUUAACAUGUAUAGUUCUGCAUGUUUGUAUGGUAUUUUAACACGUUUAGCAUGUUCACAGCUGGAAUAUUGUAACUGAUCCAGUUAAACCCUACUUGUGUCCUCAGUUUGGGAGGAAGAUUCAUAUCAUGUAAUUCUGUCUGUGUAGGAGUAUGUAGCCUUUGCUGUCAGUCAGCUGCUCUCAGAUGUCAGAUUGAUGAUACAAUGUAGAAUGUAGUGUCAGCCAUGUUAAAAAAGUUAACAGCUUGA